GGGGGGUUCUCAAGAACAAUAACAUUUCAAUUCAGUUUUGUUGUUGAUUUAAAUAAUAACUAGCUCCCUAAAUAAUCGAAAUCUGCACAGCUUUUCGACAGAAGAAAUAAGAUUGGACCAAAAAUAUUUAAUCUUAUUUAAAAUUAACAUAACUACAUACAUUGGCUUUCCGCCCAGGAUGUACCCAGCCCUGUGCUACCCUUGAUUGGCUCUGUCAUGGCAUGACAUCUCCAGGCCAGGCCACCCUAAUCAGGAUAAGCGGUUAUGGAAGAUGGGUGGAUGGAUUGACAGCUACACGCGUUCUAAAUUUUCUUCCGUCGCACACCCUUUUCACUUCCGUCGCAAACUAUUACGCAUUAACUCGACUAUUACGGUACAACCAUAGAGAAAUAAAACUAGAGAGGCAGUAUAUUACGUGUCCAGACUAAGCUCGAAUGGAGCCGAAUUCAUUCAAUUUUAAGAAAAUAAAUAAUGAUGUAUAAAACUGAUUAUUGUAACUGACACAUCUGGUCUUUCUGGGGUGCAGUUCCCGCUAUAAUAAUAUAAUACAAUAUAAUAGCAUCUAGUUCUUGUACGAUCUCUAUGUUUGAUGGGCGGGGAGGUUUGUUACUCUGCGUCUCCGACUUUACCACCUCACCGUGUCUUAGCGACUGAAUACCGGCGUCUCACUACUUUUUCAAAAGCAAAACAACGUCGGAUCGCGCUGUUUCUGUCGUUGAAUUCAGAUGCCACCGAAGAAGAGGGGGCCGCUGCAAACAGUACAAAGGGACACUGAUGGCAUUAAAAAGCAAGUGGACAGUUUGGUCCGGGAGGUGAAACAGCUGAACGUGGAUACGGAAGAUUCCAGGCUGGCAGAAGCUUCACAGAGGUGCAACCAGCUUCUGAAGUCUGUUGAGGAGACAAUGAGGACUCUGAAGAAACUGACCAAAGCAGACGAACCGGCACCGGUGGGAAACUACGACCAAAGGAAGCUGGACGAAGAGAAGAGACUGGAGACAAUGAAGAAACAGCUGCUGUCCCUCUCAGCCGUGGCGUCUCCUGCACAGAAAGCGGAUUCAAAAAAUCAGGCGGGAUCUUCUGGGAUGGAGGACGACGACGGAGAAGAGGCAGAAAGUGAAGAGGAGGACGACGACGAAGAUGAAGAAGAUGAUGACGAAGAGCAGGCAGAAAAACAAAGACCCGAAAAAGACGCAUCCUGCUUUAUUGUUCUCAGCGCAUUUAAAGGCGAGCAAGAUGGUGACCUGACUGUUCAGAAGGGUGAGAUCCUGCACAUUCUCAGCAGGAACCCAGACGGCUGGUGGCUCGCUAGGAAUGCAGAAGGCAAAAAGGGUCUCGUCCCUAAAACCUUCUUAAAGGUGCAUCAGGAGGAAGAAGAGGAGGAAGAAGAGGACAAAGAAGACUCUGAUACGGGAGAAGAGAGUGACGAGGUGAUGGAUGAAGAGUCUGCAACAAACCCGAGAAGCUGUCAGUCUAAUUGGGAUACUGUAAGAAAAGCAAUCACAGAGAUCAGCGCCACUGACGUGCUGGCUGCCAUGGGUGCCAUCCCCGCGGGGUUCAGGCCGUCCACCCUGUCGAAGCUGCUUGCCGAAGGAAGUACCUACAGAAGCAGCUACUUCAUCCAGCCAGAACUGAGUCAGUCUCAGCUUGUCUUCAAAGACCUUUUCUGGAACCCAGAUACAGGAAGUGUCCGGCCCAGGAUCUCCAAGAUCUCCCUGAUGUUGACCUUGUGGAGCUGCAGAAUGAUCCCAAGGCCCGGAGUUGGGGUGCAGGUCCUCAGCAGACACGUGCGCUUCUGCGUAUUCGAUGGCAUCAAGGUACUGAGUAAUAUCCACACAGUCAGAGCAAAUGCUGGUCAAAAGAACCAAAAAACCUGGACCUUUUCUCCAAGGACAACUGGUAUCCUGCCCAGUCUGUUGGAUGGAGACUGUUUCAUAAGGAGCGACUGCCUGUCCUCUGAAGUGGGGAUCCUGUUUGAACUGGGUGUGAGCUACAUUCGAAAUUCCACGGGCGAGAGGGGCGACCUCAGCUGCGGCUGGGCCUUCCUUGGGCUAUUCGACGUAAGCGGUGUGCCCAUCCCACACAGGACAUAUGAGCUCACCGUCCAUGGAGGGACUCCCUAUGAAAAGGAUGUUGAUGUGGACCCUUCAAUUAACAGGAGAGCUAUGGGAAGCAUGUUGCACCAGAUGCUGAUCUCCCGGAAACAACCCAAACUCAUCGUGAAGCUCCGCUCUCCCAGCACCAGCACCAGGGCUUCCAUGAACCUCCUGCCUGACACCUUGAUCGGCAGCUCGAGUUCUGUGCCCCUGCUAGCCCUCUACAGGCAGGUCCUUGCCGACGCGCUUCUCAGAGACCGCCUGACCAUGCAGAACGCAGAUCUUAUCUGCAGCCCAGUCUUAGUGACAUUCCCUCACGUUCUGGAUCACACGGAUCUUCUGGAUGCUUUAAGGGGCACUUGGGCUGAAAAAGAGGGCGCCCUCAGGAGGUCAGAGAAGAGGGACCCGGAACUGCUGAAGGGUCUGUUUGUGCGGGUCUACCUGGACAGGGUGUUCCCCCUCCUGCAUUCCACUCGGCUGCCUGCACCCCAGUGGGCCGACGAAGAACGGGAGGGCACGCGCUGGGGUGUCAUUUUUGGCGGCACAGUGCAGGACGCCGCUCAGGGCGAUGCAGGGCUCGCCGCCCUCCUCGCUGCCGAUGCCGCCCAGGAGGCCUUUGACAUCACCCAGGUCACCUACGACUUCCUGGCCUCCGCCAGAAAGGGUGUGGCCAACACUUAAGCCAACUCUUUGCAGGGAUAACUGCUUGAAGGAUUUGCAUUAUUUUGUAUUGUUUUUAAUAAAGCUCUUUGCACAGAUUCUA